CACCCUUCAGUGUAUCAUCCACCCUUCAGUGUAUCAUCCACCCUUCAGUGUGUCAUUCACCGGACAAGGUCACAUAUCCUGUGCUGCAGAGCUAAGCUGUAAGAUAUAAUCCAUAUCCAUGUAUGCAAUGGAGGAAAUGUAUGCCAGUCUUAAAUAUGUCAAACCUGACAAUUCAACACCUUCAACAAAUCACACAGGUCAAAGAAACUCUGAGUCCAGAUUUUAUUUAGUUGUUAUUCUCUCACUGGCCCUGCUGGCUGGAGUUAUCACUGUUGUUUUUUUCUACCAUUUUAUUUCAGGCAGUGAUUCAGCAGAACAACUCUCAGCAAUAACUAACCAACUUUCUUCCAUGACUGAGGAGAGAGACCUGCUGCAAGCCAAGCUCACUGAAAAGGCCACAGAGCUGGAGAGGCUGCAGAGUUUGUUCAACCAGAGUGUGUCAAAGAAUGAAACAUGUCCUGUAGGAUGGAGCAGUUUCAGCCAUAGCUGUUAUCAUCUUCCUGAAAGCUUUCGUUCCUGGGAUGCAGCGAGAAAGGACUGCAGAGACAGAGGAGCAGAUCUGAUGGUUAUUGACAGCGCUGAAAAACAGACCUUCCUCUCUAUGAUCACCACAAAAGAAACUUGGAUUGGUUUAAAUGACAAAGAACAGGAGGGAACAUGGAAAUGGGUAGAUGGGACUCCACUGACUCUGAUGUAUUGGGGAAAAAGCCAACCUAAUAAUGGUGGAGAACAGGACUGUGUUUAUGUCAGAACGGAUGAGGGAAGAUUUUGGAAUGAUCAUUAUUGUUCAUCUUCUCAUCAAUGGAUCUGCGAAAAUACACCAAACCACAAUAAAACAUGUCCUGUAGGAUGGAACUUCAACCAUAGCUGCUAUCUCGUCUCUAAAAACUCUGCUUCCUGGGAUGCAGCCAGAAAAGACUGCAGAGAAAGAGGAGCAGAUCUGGUGGUUAUUAACAGCCCUGAAGAAAAGAACUUCCUCUCUACGAUCACCACAGAAGGAGUUUGGAUUGGUUUGAAUGACAAAGAAGAGGAGGGAACAUGGAAAUGGGUAGAUGGGACUCCACUGACUCUGAUGUACUGGGCAACAGAACAGCCUAAUAAUGGUGGAGAAGAGGACUGUGUUUCUGUCAGAAGUGAAAAAAACACUUGGUUUGAUCGUCCAUGUUCAUAUUCUUAUCAUUGGAUCUGCGAAAAAGUUUCAGAAAACAACUGAUUUCAGAAAGAUGAUCUAUUCAUAAAUGUUUUGUUUUAUCUUUGAUUACAAAAAUUAUAACUCUGUAUUUCAAUUUCAGCCUGAAAUGACUAGGUGUUUGGUUGCUAGGUAUGGUUUUUUUCUUUUUUGUUCAUAUAUAAAUGGUUAAUUUUGGGGGUUUCUGUUUGAUUUUUAUUCUACUGUUUGAAUUUUAAUUUUUUUUUGUUAUAUUGUUUUUAUUAUCAUCAUUAUUAUUUUUUGAGUGUUUCUGUUUUGACUGUAUGGUUGUUCUGGUGGUAACUGUCAGUUUGUGAUCCCUACUUUUGUUUCAAGACUCAAGUCUAAUUUUACUUCCUGCAGGGUUUCUCAGUUCCUCCUUUAUUCUUAUUUCUUUGUAGUUGAGUGUAUAUAUUCAUGUCUGUGUUAAUCAUUUUCCUUAUUUCUUGUUUUACUUUGAAACAAAUGUCUGUCCAUUAAAUAUCAAAAAAACACCUCACAAAACUUGCGACACGGCGUAACU